AUGACGUCGCCCACUGCCAUCGCUGCUGGCGUAGUGACUACAGCAGCGAUAAUGACGGCCGUAUGCUUGGUCACCGUUGGAUAUCUCAUCACCGAUAUCGAAGAAUUCUAUGCUGAAACCAUUAGCCAACUGGUUGAAGUAAAGGACAUCGCCAACACGGCAUGGCGAGAGAUGCAACCCGAGCCUCACGAUAUUUUCCGAAUCAAAAGGGAAUCGAGAAGGAUACGGUUACCGCGUCAGAUAUGCCAUUGUAAUCCGCAACCACCACGUUGUCCUGUAGGUCCACCAGGUCCUCCCGGUCUACCUGGAGAAAGAGGAGAACCUGGACUGCCUGGUAUAGCAGGGAAGCACGGUCGUGAUGGUAUUAGUCUUUCAGGCAGUGGUGCAACACUAGGAUGCAUAAAGUGUCCAAUGGGACCUCCAGGCGCACCUGGUCCAGAUGGCCCUAUGGGUUGCGCUGGCAAUGAUGGCAAUCCUGGUAUGAAAGGUCCCGAUGGCGGAUAUGGACCUCCAGGUCCUCCGGGCCCGCAAGGUGAUGCAGGACCGCCAGGAUUGAAAGGAAUGCCUGGAAGUCCUGGAGAUCCUGGAAGAUGUGAGCAAAUUGCAUACGGAGGGAGAGGACCACCUGGACCCAUGGGACCCCCUGGUCCGGCAGGCGUUGCGGGAUCUGCUGGAACGUCAGGAGCUGGUGGAAUGCCUGGACCAGUGGGACUACCUGGGCCACCAGGGAUGCCGGGACUUAAAGGAGCUAAUGGAAAGCCAGGAAUGCCUGGAGUCGAGGGCUUCCCAGGACUAGAUGCCCAAUACUGCCCAUGUCCGGAUCGAUCACGCAUGUCAAAAUUACUACGGAAGUAUAUCUUCAGACUUCACGAUGGGGCUGUCAGACGUAGACGCAUUUGA